AUGAAAUUGGGUAAGAAUUUGGUAUGUAUUGCCAGUGAUUUGGGUAAAAAUUGGGUAAAAUUUGGUAGUUGUGAGUUGGAGAGUUUUGAUUGGAGGAUGAAUUGGAUUAUUAUUCCAAAUACAUCCAUUGGGUCAUGGAAGUACGAUGUGUUUAUUCGUUUUAGAGGUGAAGAUACCCGCAAGACCUUUGUUGACCAUCUCUACUCUGCUUUUCAACAACAUGGAAUCCUUACGUACAAGGAUGAUGUAACACUUGAUCGAGGUGAUACCAUCAGCCCAUCUCUCUUGAAAGCUAUAGAAACAUCCAAGAUUUUGGUGAUCAUAUUUUCUGAAAACUAUGCCGACUCUUCAUGGUGUUUGGAUGAGCUUUCACAUAUUGUGAAAUGCAGGGAUAAUGAGGCAGGGAAACAAAAGGGGAAAUACGGAGAAGCAUUUGCCAAACAUGAACAGUCAGAAAACAGCAAAAGCAAAGUUGAAUCUUGGAGAAAAGCACUCGUUGAUGCAAGUAAUAUUGCUGGAUGGGAACCCAAACAUGUUGCUAAUGGGCAUGAAGCAAGAUGUAUCCAAGAGAUUGUUGGUUCCAUUUUAGAUAAAUUGUCAUGA